AUGUUCAAAUUCGUGUUUGUAUGUAUACAUCUUUCGAUGAUAUUAGCGAAUCGCGUGCCUCGACAAUCGCCGUUUGCUGAUGGAAUUCAACCGCCUCUGCACAAGCACGAACCACGCCGGGUCAUUCCCACACAUGCUUAUUUCAAAUCAGAAUCAAAUUAUAUGAUCGUCGGACCGAAAAUAGUCCGGCCAUUGGAUAUUGUUUCUGUUUGGGUAACGAUUCUAAACAAAGACUGGUCAGCUAUAACUGUUGCUGUGUCAUUAUUCAAUCAAAACGAAGAAAUAGCAGCGAAUGAACAACGUUUAAUACCAGAGAUUCCCACUGCAGUGGAAUUUCAAGUUCCACAAAAUGCACCGAAUGGAUCCUAUAAGAUUUAUGUUCGAGGUACAUUGCCCAAUAGUCAUCUGGUAUUUUACAAUGAAACAAAUGUGAUAUUUCAAAUGAAAUCUCUUUCAAUUUUUAUUCAAUUGGAAAAACCAAUGUAUAGACAUGAUCAAAGAGUUCGAUUUCGAUGCAUUCCAGUCUACUCAGAUCUACGUGGAUAUUUCAGCACGGUUGAUGUUUAUAUCAUAGGACCGAUGAACAAUAUUUUGCGACGUUGGCAUAGCUUGCAAACAACGUGGGGUUAUGUGGAAUUAUCCUAUCAAUUUGCAUCGUUUAUUGCUUUUGGAACUUAUAGAAUUCGUUGUGAAGCUCAACAAUCAAUAUCUGAAAGAUCAUUUCUAGUUGAUUUUUUCUUACAAAAAAAAAUUGAGGUCAAUAUUUCUUUACCCUUCUUCAUCAAUGUCGAGUCGCCAACAAUCAAUGGCAUUGUUUCAGCAAAUUAUACAACUGGUCGUGGCGUCGAAGGUUUGAUGCGGUUGACCGUGCGACUGAAAAAUCGUGACGAAAGAUUUGAACCAGCAGUUAAUAUUAUUCCCGUUCCUGAUGCACCUGGUACGAAGCUUGAUUAUGGUUAUGAACCAUUUACUGGUCGAUCAAAUUUCGCGAUACCAAUGACUGAAGCAACGCGGCAGUUUGGGGAUUUGACCAAUCGGGAAUUAAUCUUUACGGCUACUGUGUUCGAUCCAUUAUGGAAUGAAACGACAAAUUCGUCAUUUCUCACAUCGUUUUAUGCAACUGACUAUCGAAUUAAAUUUCUCAGUAGACAAUCAGGGGUAUUUAAACCUCAAAUGGCUUAUUCGGCUCAUGUUGCAGUAUUGAAUGGUGAUCAGAGUCGAUUUCGGAUUGCCGAUUUUGAUCGUAACACCACCUAUGUGCGUAUUCAGACAAAUUUCGAUGUCGGUUCAUCACUUGCACCCAUCGAUUAUCCAAUACCUGACGAUGCUAUCAUUACACAUCAAUUCAUUGUUCCAAAUCAAAAUCAAUCGAUGUAUAUGUCUAUUCGAGCAGAAUUAUUUGUUAAUAACGAGUUUAUCCAAACAGCAUUCAUUGAACAACGCUCCGUUCGCUAUCGAUCACCCAGUCGUACAUAUAUACAAAUUACAACAACUACAACCGAACCUCGAAUAGAUAAUUUCAUGGUUUUCACCGUUAAUGUUAGUCGUUACUGUCCGCAAGUUCAUUACCAUAUUAUAUCAGCAAGUCGAAUUGUUUACGCUGAUACAAUUCAAAUGCGUAAUACUCUUCAACAGACAGUUCACGUCGCUGUUACACGGCGUAUGGCUCCAUCCGCACAUAUUCUUGCUUAUUUUAUUGAUUAUACUGGUGAACUCGUAGCUGAUGUUAUUCAUUUUCAUGUUAAUAUUACAUCUGAUACGGUUACACUUAAUUUAACGGUCAACCAACGGAAAGAUCUUACUGGUGAUACAGUAGAAUUACUUGCCUAUGGUCCUCCGCAAGCAAGAGUGGCUUUCGCGGGAACUGAAUACGCACAACAUCAAUUGUAUGGUGGAAAUGAUUUCCUUGAGUUAGAUAUCUAUAAUGAAUUGUAUGAAUAUGAUGUUUCCGCUCAUCCAAGUCCGAAUAUGACAUGGUAUUCGAACUUUUUAACACCAUGUGAAAAAGUCUAUCGUGUUGGUCAAUCAGUGGCAGCGAAUGUUUAUCAAGUAUUCCGGUCAGCUGGCCUUUUUCUUCUCACCGACAUCGAUAUUGUCAUUGAUGAAGAACAAGAAGCACGAUUUUGUAUGGAACAAGGAAAUCGUUUUACUUGUAACGAUGGAUCGUGUUACACAAUUAGUGAAAAAUGCGACGGCGUCUUUAACUGUUUAGAUGGCGCGGAUGAAUUGGACUGUCCUGAAAAACGCGGUCCAUUGUUUACACCGAUUAAUAAGCGUUUAUGGCCUUUUUGGGAACGGUUUUUCACAUUUUCAAUGGCUUGGGAAUCUACAUCAACGUAUCCUGAUGGUCGAGCUCAAGUGACUGUCAGUGUCCCUCAUGCCAUUGGUACAUGGAUUCUAUCCGCUUUUUCAAUUAGUCAACAGACUGGUCUUUCAGUUUUACCAAAUGUUCUCAUGCUUGAGGGUACACGCAAGUUUUUUAUCGCCGUGGAAGUUCCAGGAACAGCUCGAUUGGGUGAACAGAUUGGUGUUCGUGUGGAUGUAUUCAAUUUUCAAGUAAAACGAAUAGAAGCAUUGAUUAUUUUACAUGCGUCAUCCAAGUACCGUUUUAUUAAUUUGGAUCAACAUGGCGGGGUUUCCUCCUUCGCACCACGAACAUCCGAAGGACAACAUCAUGUUCUUCUCAUUCUGUAUCCAAGUAGUUCAAGGCGUAUUCAUAUACCAAUCGUACCUCUAACAGCUGGUUCUAUUGAUGUAACUGUCGAAGGCAUUACUGGAGUAAAAAGAGACAUAGAAACACGAACGAUAUCAGUUGUCUACGAAGGAAUUAUAAACCACUAUUCAACAUCAACAUUAGUUUCUCUCGAACAUAGACCGCGACAGAUGUAUGAAUUCGAUAUAAUUGUGCCCGAAAACUUCAUAUUACCCUUACAUAAUUAUUUUAUCUAUGUACCCGGUUCGGCUAAAGCAAAUAUUUAUAUAUCAGGUGAUGUUGCUGGACCUUACUUUUGGGAAGGGCCCGAAAAAGCUUUAACAUCAGAUAAUCUCAUUUAUAAAACAGUUGCGCCUGCUGAAGGAGCAUUGACCGGUUUUGCCACAAUGAUGUACAAUCUGGUUUACUUGAGACAAGGUCAUGGUGGAAGGGGAUUCGAUCAAUCGAAAUUGGUACAAUUACUUGACCUCGCGAAUAUUGAAUACAAUCGUUUGAUGGCAUUUUACUUUGACGAUCAAUCCGAUAUGGGAAUUCAUGAUGGUGCAUUUAGUAAUUUCGGUUGGAAAAAUGAAACAAGUGUAUGGUUAACAUCAUGGGUUCUAAUUGCAUUGAAAGACGCGGCACAAGCUGAAUGGGAACAAUAUAAUCUAUUUAUAGAUCCACGUGUACGCGCAAAAUCAUCCAAAUGGAUUAUGACACAUCAAAAUAUGGAUGGGUCGUUUAAAGAACAUAGUAACAUCCUUGAUCGAGAAAAGUUCCAAUCUCUUCUACACUCUAAUGAAACUGACUUACCGUUAAAUUUGUCACUGACAGCUCAGGCAGUCAUCGCUUUAAGGAUGAAUACGGAUAUCAAUGGUUUAAUUAAAGAUGAUAUGAGUGAUGCGAUUGAUCGUGCACGGAAUUGGCUUGAAAUACACUAUCAAAAAAUCGUCGAUUCGUUUGAAUUAGCUAUUGUUACGUAUGCAUUACAUGUUGUCAAUAGUCCAGAAAAGGAUACUGCUUUUAACAUACUUGUUAGUCGACAGAGAACAAGUGCUGGAGGAAUCUAUUGGUCAAAUGUUGAAUUAUCAUCGAAUCGAAUAGUAUUUCUAUCGUUAAAUGAACGUUUAGCACCUAAACAUGAAUCUGAAGUUGAAGCACAUGCUAUUGCUUCGACAGCGUUCGCCCUUUUAACAUAUAUUUCACGCGCACAAACAUUAUUAGGAAAACCCAUCGUGCAUUGGCUACAAACUCGACGAAAUUUUGUUGCCGGCUGGUGUUCUAGCUACGAUUCAUUUUUCGCUUUGAAAUCUCUAGUGCAAUACGCUAUUCGACGUGGCGAUACAAUUCAACAGUAUAAUUUACGUGUGAAUAUUUCCUCGUCGGAUGAUGCAUAUCGAAAGAUUGAACCGGUUUUCAUUACUGAUGAGAAUAUUAUCGAUGUACAACAACGAUCGAUCGAUAAAGUCUACGGGCGAGUAUUGAUCGAUUCGUAUGGAACUGGAUAUGCACUCUUACAGAUGAAAGUAGAAGCAAAUGUUGAACAUCCCGAAAUGAUUCGCCCUGUUGCAUAUGAAGCAUUUCAUAUAUCUCUAAAUGUUGAGUUAUCAAGUAAAUACAAUCACAGUUACUUGUUAUACAAACCAUGUGUAAAAUGGUUACCUGGUGCAACGAAAGCAAAACGAUCGGGUUGGUCAAUAUUCAUGAUUGAGAUUCCUACAGGCUAUCGAAUCGAAGAACGCUUUUUGAAAGAUUUAGUUGGAUUCGGUAUCGUUCGAAAUCUCCGUGAUGCAGAAAACUACCCGAACUUUCUCAAUUUUCUCUUUGAAUUUUUUGAUACAACUCCUAUUUGUUGGCAAUUCGAACUAAAGCGUUACAUUCCUGUGGCGAACAUGACACGAUAUUAUGAAAUGAAAGCAUACGAAUGGCAUGAACCAUGGAGUGCCAAUCGAUCAAUGUAUACACUGCGAACUCUCUUCGGACUAGAUAUCUGUUCUGUAUGCGGUUCAUAUCAAUGUCCCUACUGUCCAUACUAUGCUACAAGUCCAUUUCUUGAUCUUUCACUGUUUCUGCUUAUUUGUCUGAUUGUAUUUCAGUUACUUUACAUAGAAUAG